AUGGAACAUAGUAGACCCAGGGUUCAAACUCCAUUCUCCUGUACUGAUAGACCACCAGGAAGACCAAGGAAAAACAGGAGAAGAGCUGGUGAAGAGGGUCGUGUAAAAAAACAGCAUCCCCCAUCGCACCCUUCCUCAUUCGUCCCCAUCUCCUCGCCGCCGCUGCCACCCCCUCUCGAUCCAGUCCUCUCCCCGCUUCUCCCAGCCAUCGUGCCGCCACCCUCCCUCCCCUUCCUCCCCGAUCACUGCCACCGGCCCAACCACAACACCACCCUCGCCUCCACCCCCUCACCGACGAAGAUGAGCGCCGGGUCUCCCUCUCCUGUCGCGGUCGGGCGAGGGUUCCUCUCGCCCUCCUUACCGGUGGCGACGCCCCAGACCAGAUCCCCCCUCUCCGCGGCGGCCAAGUCCACCCCGGCCUCCAUCUCCACCGUUGGCGACCUGAGGGGCCUCGUCGCGUCCAGCCUCGACUCGCUCAAGCGCCGCCUCGACGCGCUCCACGCCGACAAUGACCGUGACCUCGAGGCCUCCCACUCCCGCAUCUCCAAGCGCAUCAAGAUGCACACGCAGAGCUACCUGAAGAUGGCAGAGGAGGUGGAGAAGGAGCACAAGAAGAUGGUCGACAAGGUCUCACUACAAGCCGACGAGAUGAAGGCAUCCUACAAGAAGUUGGUGACAGAGGUGCAGUCGUCUUCGUUUCGUGUGUGCAAGGUGACCUUACCUGAGAUGGCAAAGUCCGUGGCCAGAGCUCUCGAUGGCCUGCGCAGUCGCUACAACAUCCCAACUACAACAGCUUAGCAUACAGUUUUCUGCUACGUCUCUGAAUUGGUAAUCACCUCUCCUGUUUCCAAAUUGGCAUCCUGUAUGCGUUUGGUCAUGUUCAGUAAAUUUGCAUGAACGUACGAGCGUUUGUCCAUGAGAUCGAAUUGGCAGAUGUUAGUAUCUACCAGGGACAGUAAUUGUUGGUUACAGGUUA